AUGCCCAAGUCCAUGAUAUCUUACCACAGCGUCGACGACCGGGACGAAACCGACGACGCCGAUCUUGAGCGACAGGAACGACACGACACCGUUAGCAGCGCAACCCCUACCUCGCCGACGGCCACGUUCCGUCCACUUCGUCCGAACCGAGCCUCCGACAACGAUCUCACGCAUCACAAUGUGACAGAACGCUCGUCUCUGUUGGGAAACACACAUAAUGCGCGUUCGUACGCAAGCGUACCGGCUACAGUGCCUGGCACGCCCCGGCCGCCGUAUGGCGUACGGCAAUCCAGCCAGCUCGUCACCAGCACCCGCCUGCGUCAUCACAGCCGUCAAGGCUCCUUCAAUCACAACUUCUCCCAGCGACUCGUCAGCGCCUUGGGCGACCGACCGGCCAUUACACGAGGGGACAGCACCCAGGCCAUGGAGGCUUCGAAGCUCUCUGUCUUCGCCGACGAUCGCGUAUGGUACGACCAGUUCACCUCGACCGACUGGGUGCACGAUAGCAUUGCAGAUGCCUACCGGGUCAAAGCCCUCCGGAGCCGCAAGGACUUUCGAGGCAGGGUAUCCGCGUGGUUCGACGGCGCACAGGCUUGGAUUCUCGUGGCCAUCAUUGGCUGCUUGACAGCACUGGUUGCAUACUUUGUCAACAUGACCGAGAACACCCUCUACGACUGGAAAGAGGGUUACUGCACAAAACGAUGGUACAAGAGCAGGAAGGUCUGCUGCGAUGGAGCAAGCAUGUGCGAGGACUGGCUACACUGGUCGCGUGUCAUUCGCAGUGACCGCCUCGACACCGUGACCACCCAAUUCGCUGCUUUCGUCAUCGGUGUCAUUGUGCUCGCUUUGGCAUCUUGCUUCUUGACGCUGAUGACCAAAACGGUCGUUCCUUCUGCGAUAUCAAUAGCAACCCUAGAUGAAAACUUAGGUGCUGAGGUGCAUCAUGCACUGCAAGACGAAGAUGAUGCGAAACCGGACACGACUCAUGAAGCACGGUACAACGAGCUCCAACUACGCCCUCCAAUGGUGUAUUAUUCAGCUGCCGGAAGCGGCGUGGCUGAAGUCAAAGUCAUUCUCAGCGGCUUCGUUCUACAUGGUUAUCUCGGUGCGCGUACCUUGGCCAUCAAGACGCUGGGACUUAUACUCAGUGUGGCAUCUGGCAUGUCUCUUGGCAAAGAAGGCCCCUAUGUGCACAUAUCCACGGCGAUCGGAAACAUCGCUUGCCGAUUAUUCAGCAAGUACAGCAAGAAUGACGGAAAGCGUCGCGAGAUUCUGAGCGCCAGUGCCGCCUGUGGUGUAGCCGUCGCUUUCGGCGCUCCUAUUGGUGGUGUUCUUUUCAGUCUGGAGGAAGUCAGCUACUACUUCCCAUCGAAAACUCUAUUCCGUACCUUCUUUUGUUGCAUUGCCGCUGCUCUAUCGUUGAAGUUUCUCAAUCCUUACGGCACCGGUAAGAUUGUCUUGUUUGAAGUUCGCUAUAUACUAGAUUGGAAGUUUUUUGAGUUGGUGCCCUUCAUCAUCACUGGCGCACUGGGCGGUCUCCUUGGUGCGCUUUUUAUCAAAGCAUCCCGCAUCUGGGCGCGUACGUUUAGACGUAUAUCUGUUAUCAAGAAGUAUCCCAUGUUGGAAGUACUUCUCGUCGCCUUAGUCACUGGACUUCUCAGUUUCUGGAACCGAUACCUGAAACUACCGGUUGCAGAGCUGUUAUUCGAGCUCGCCAGUCCAUGUGAUACUUUCACCAACAGCGGCGAUGGGCUGUGCCCUACCAAAGAACACAUACCCGAGGUUCUUAAAGUGUUGCUCGUAGCUUUCGUCAUCAAAGCCGGACUUACAGUCAUUACCUUCGGUAUCAAGGUUCCAGCGGGUAUCUACGUGCCGUCUAUGGUCGUCGGUGGCCUUGCGGGCCGCAUGGUCGGCCAUGCGGUUCAGCUAUUCGCUCUUCGCUUCGCGGACGCCGGCUUAUUCGGGCAUUGCGACCCUUCAAAGCCGCCUGGAUCCUGCGUCGUGCCUGGGGUGUAUGCAAUGGUUGCAGCUGGGGCGACGAUGACUGGUGUGACGCGUUUGACGGUCACAUUGGCCGUUAUCUUGUUCGAGCUUACCGGCAGCCUCGAACAUGUGCUCCCUUUUUCCCUCGGCAUCCUGGUUGCAAAAUGGACUGCCGACGCCAUUGAGCCCCUCAGUAUCUACGACCUAUUGACAGAUAUGAACGCUUAUCCUUUCCUCGAUAACAAGGUGCGGCCCAUAUUCACCUCUGAGCUUGGCGACAUCACCCCCCGACCCCGCGAACAACGUAUUAUAGACAUUUCCGAAUCCGCACUUGUUCCAGCGUCUGAACUCAGAAGUAAGCAGCAGCACCUACAGAUACUUGGCGAGAUUGACGGUGGUCUUCCCAUCCUCAAGCACGGUGUCCUCGUUGGCCUCAUCCCAGCACCAGACCUCGAGUUUGCCCUCGACAAACUAGAAGAUGAGGAUAAUACCUUGUGCUUAAUGUCCCCGCUCGUGGAUUGGGCUGCCGGUCGUGAACACGUGUCCGAUAGUAGUGAAGAGGUCGAGAACAGCGAUUUCACGCCGUAUAUUGACCCCGCGCCCGUUGCACUUGACAUACAUUCCCCAAUGGACCUUGUCUAUGAAUGCUUUGUCAAGCUAGGGUUGCGAUAUGUUUGCGUCUUGCGAGAUGGCAAAUUCGCUGGACUGGUUCACAAGAAAGCAUUCGUCAAAUACAUCAAAGAGCUGGAAAAAAGUGAGAAAUAA